AUGCAACAAUUCAAUUUGAUGCAACAACCUAAUUUGUUACAACAAUCUAAUAUAAUGCAACAAGCUAAUCUAAUGCAACAAGCUAACUUAAUGCAACAACCUAAUUUUAUUCAACCUUCACUCUUUUCGGAUGAAAAUGAAGAUACUGAAGAUUAUUAUCAGAAAUUUUUAUUAAAAUUUGAACAACAAAAAUUUUCUGUACGACUACUUUCUGAAUUAUCAAAUGAAGACUUUGAAAAAUGUAGAGUAGAUACUAUUGGUGCACGCCAAACUCUUCGUAAAUAUGCUGCAAAGUAUAAUGCAUUAUCAUAUAGCAAAUUGUAA